AUGCCUGUACCGUCAAGAGCCUCGGCAGCCAAGCCCGUGCAUGGUAGUCACUUUGACCCAUGGAAUUCUGUGUCGACAGGCCACCAGAGACCAGAGAACACGCCGGGAACGGGAUGGAGAGAAUCUCGCAGCAGGAAGCUCAACAACCAGUAUCAAUCCAGCAGGACUGGAGGGGAACGCCUCAGCGAUACAUGGGGCGCCGGGUCAGAACACUACGAUGAGAAAAAGAAAGCACUGAUUCCCCCGGCUCUGCGCCAAAGGACAUCGAACAGCGUUCUCGACAUGCUGGUCAAGCCCGGGAGGAUGAAGGACACUCUGCCACAAUGUACGGAGUCAUCAAACAAGGGCAUGGGUGUUUCCCAAGAAGAGGCGCUCAUGCAAUCAAGAAAAAGGGAGGAUGAGGCAAAUGAAGCCACGAGCAAAGAGCGACCGAUCUUCGAAGGGUUGGUCGUGUUUGUGAACGGGAGCACAUUCCCGCUGGUAUCUGACCACGCCCUGAAGCAGAUGCUCACCAAGAACGGUGCUCAGAUGUCAAUGCACGUUGCACGACGCAGAGUUACGCACGUUAUUAUCGGGAAGCCUGCAAGGGGAGGCGGGGGCCUCGCCGGCGGGAAAUUCGGAAAGGAGAUUAAGAAAAUUGGAGGGUGCGGUAUCAAGUUUGUUGAUCCCGAAUGGGUCCUCGAGAGUAUCAAGGCUGGAAAGAGACUGCCAGAGGCCCGCUUCACGGCAAUGAAGAUUGCACCAAAGGCUCAGGGCAGCGUUCAUCAUCUUUUCACGGCCCAUCAAGGGCCAGGCUCCUGA